AUGCUUCAAGUACAUGGUAAGAUAGCGAUAUUGAGUGUAUUCAUACAUAUAGUGCUACUAUAUUCAAUAUUUGAUAUAUACUACUCGUCACCUUUGGUUACGGGCCUUCAUCCUUACCCUAUCACUAAUGGAAAAGGCCUAGCUGAUCGUCUCGUCAUUUUCUCAGCUGAUGGUUUGCGAGCAGAUGCAUUCUUCAAUCAUCCUGAAAAAUCACCAUUCUUGCACGAAAUUAUUAAUUCAGGCAAGAGUUGCUGGGGUGUAAGUGUAAGUCAUGUACCGACCGAAUCACGUCCUGGACAUGUAGCAAUGCUUGCUGGCUUUUUCGAAGAUGUCAGUGCUGUCGCCCGUGGCUGGAAGCAUAAUCCGGUUCCAUUUGACAGCAUCAUCAAUAGGUCACGAGAAGCAUUUGCUUUUGGUAGUCCGGACAUUGUCUUGAUGUUUACAAAUGAUGUCAGCCAUGCAACCGCAAUGGUUUAUUCUUCUAAAUUAGAAGAUUUCCAGCAAAAUGACGCUGCGCAACUGGACCGCGCAAAUGUGACUACUGCGAAACGUUUGGCCUCAAAUCGGCUUGUGUUUUUCCUGCAUUUACUGGGAUUGGACACAAAUGGACAUGGUUAUAAACCGCAGUCAGAUAAGUACAUUGAUAAUAUUGCAGUUGUUGAUGCAGGAAUUGCUAGAGUGGUACAGUUAUUGAACAAUUACUUUGCGGAUAACAGGACAGCCUUCUUAUUCACCUCAGAUCAUGGAAUGACAGAUUGGGGUUCACAUGGUGCUGGUACAGAAGCCGAAUUAAUUACGCCGUUAGUGAUUUGGGGACGUGGUGUACGUGGCAGCAUUGUGAGGAAUGAAAUCAGUCAAAUUGAUCUGUCAUCCCUGAUGUCUGCUUUGCUUGGUUGUCCAAUUCCAAUGAAUAGUUUCGGAAUUAUACCUUUGCAUCUUUUGGAUGCAAUGCCGAGAUACAAAUUUAAGGUGGCUUAUGCCAAUUUCAAACAGAUGCUGGAACAGUUUAUUCUGAAAAAGAGUGAGAAAAAAGCUCAUUCAUUGCCCUUCAUGUUUCGUGAUUUCGAUGAACUUCACCCACAAAUAUUGCCCACCAUUGAACGCGAAAUCAAAAGACUUGUGACACAAAAUAGGUUUGAAGCAGCUGUAGCUGUAUGCUUGCAGUGGAUUCCAAUUGUUCGAACCGGUUUAAUUUAUUUUCAUCGUCACGACCAAAAGCUGUUGGGAUUUGCUGUUGCUUCAACAUUCAUCACAUGGAUGUUAUGCGUUUAUUUCAUCACACUGAAGCGUUCUUCUAUAAUUUUGAGGAAUAAGAAUGUGCUAAUUCUAAGCCUAAAGCAGUUUAGUGCUGUUGGCUUCAUAUUCACGUUGUUAUUACUUUGUGGACUGCCAUUUAUGCAUACUUUAUAUCUGACGCUUCCGAUGUAUCUUGCAUGCGUUUGCUAUAAUACAGUUGGCGAUUUAUUUCGUUGUAACUUGGAAAAUUUUGUCAUAAGUUGGCAUUCAACUCAUUGUUCAGAAACAAUAACAAAGUGGUUUUUGUUAUGCGUCUAUUGGUUAUUUUUAGCUGUUUCAAUUGGUGUGAUUCUUUCGAUCAUUGUUUCCGCUUUCAUUUGUCGUCCAAUAUUAUCGGUAGAGUUUUUGGUCCUUGGUUUAAUUCCAGUAUCAAGGCGUGAAGAGAAUCACGAUGUAGUUAAGUGGAAACGAAUGUGGUUUAUAUGUUGUCUGGCUAUUGCUAUAUAUCCUCAAUUUCCGGUGGUUGGACAAACUCCACUUCCCACAGUUUGUGCCUUAUCAUCUUUUUUUACCUCACUGUUGAUUUUCUGGAUUUCUGCUUCUCCAGUGCUGUCAUCAGCAAAAGUGUUGUUCCGAUGCCAUUCAGCUUUACAUCUUCUUGCUGCAGUCGUCGUAAUUCUUGUGGAUACUUUCAGAGAUUAUAAGUUGUUAUUAAUGCUUUUACGCUUAAUUUGUUGGCUUUCAAUUCCUGUGGCAGCAGUUUUACCACUGUUUUCACCUCGAUCAAUUAUCAUUCGCCUUAUCUGCUGGUUCUCAUCACUUAUGCUACCAUACGCUUUGUUAAGUUUAUCAUAUGAAUCAUCAUUUGUGUUGUUUCUAUUCAUUCUUCUCAUCACAUAUGUACGUUUGGAAUUUGGACACAUGAAUGAUGAUGAAUUUCUAACUAUUCCAUUACCAAAACGAGAUAACGAAACGAAGCUAUUAGCAGGUGUUAGCGAUACGAAUUUUAGUGAAUGGCUGCAAGGCUUAAUCUUGGUUAUCCUAAUCAAAGCGGCUUUUUUUGGUACAGGUAAUAUCGCCUCAUUAAACAGUUUUAAUCCAUCAUUUUUACGAUGCUUCAUAUCUGUAUUUUCUCCGUUUACGAUGACAGCUAUGCUAAUUUUCAAAAUACUGUUACCACUUUUGGGCGUUACUUUUACAUAUUCCGUUAUUGCUCGAUUAAAAAAGAUUUUAAUAGCGAAGUUGUCGAUGGUACUGUUAAUCAUUUCCGAUACAAUGGCUUUGGUCUUCUUCUUUCGGCUAGUGGAUGAAGGGAGUUGGAUGGAUAUUGGUAGCAGCAUAAGUCAUUAUUCAGUGUGCAUGUUAUUAACCGUUAUAGUGUAUACUCUGUUGAAUUUCACUGAGUACCUGCUUCCUCUUUCACUGAGUAAAGUUGCACGCAAAGAGAGAAUGACAGUCCAAUGUAUUCCCUGGCCUUAA